GAGCGAUGGGGUAUGAUGUGGCUCGCUUCCAGGGGGACGUUGACGAGGACCUGAUCUGCCCCAUCUGCAGCGGGGUCCUGGAGGAGCCGGUGCAGGCCCCGCACUGCGAGCACGCCUUCUGCAAUGCCUGCAUCACGCAGUGGUUCUCGCAGCAGCAGACGUGCCCCGUGGACCGCAGCGUGGUGACGGUGGCCCACCUGCGCCCGGUGCCGCGGAUCAUGCGGAACAUGCUCUCCAAGCUGCAGAUCACCUGCGACAACGCCGUCUUCGGCUGCACGGCCGUCGUGCGCCUCGACAACCUCAUGGCACACCUCAACGACUGCGAGCACAACCCCAAGCGGCCGGUCACCUGCGAGCAG